GCCUCAGAGAGAGAGAGAGAGAGAGUCGCUCCUUGCAGGAGUUCAGAUGUGGAUUGAACGUUACAGGUGGAGCUUCGAGCCGGAUCCAAGACCAGAAAAACAGUCUGAUGUGGAUCCUUUAACUUACUCCUGUAUGAGGUGGGCACCAUUAAGAUGAUCUCCUCCAGCAUCCUUCAUCAGUAGCUGGGCAGCAUGGCUUCUGCUCCUCCUUCCAGAGAGGACACCAGUAGCUCAUUAGCGCUGCGCUGGAGGCUAACGCCGACAUAGAUAAUUACCGUCUUCAAACUGCACCCCACAGGCCUGGUUAAAGACACUCAUGAACUUCCCUCAGAGGAUGGCUUGUGCCAGAGCGGUACAUGUCCAGGACAGUGACAUCAUCACCGCGGUGUAACGACAUCUGGACUGAGACUUUGGACCAUGUUCUGUCUCUGAUCGGCUGCUUUGGCGGCAGAGCUGGACUGUGCAGCUCUUCCACGCGUAGACAAACCUGGACUCUGAGCCAUGUCUCUUCUCUCAGCCCUGAGCAUCGUCUGUGGAUUGAUGCUCCAUGUUUCAUUCAGUGCACUCAACUCUUACUACUGUGACCCACGAAAGACCGUCCCCUACCAGAACGAGCUGAAGUUGUUCAAAGAAGAGGGGAUCUUCAACUACUCCACUAUGCUAAUGAUGGAAGACCUGGGUGUGCUGCUGCUGGGGGCCAGAGAGGCUGUAUACGCUCUGGACAUCAACAACGUCUCCGUCAGAAAGGCUGCGGUGUACUGGCGAGUUACCGAGGAGAAGCAGAGGGACUGCACGUACAAAGGAAAACAUGCUGAGGUGGAAUGCCGUAACUACAUUCGAACCCUGCACAGAGUGAACGACACUACAAUGUAUGUGUGUGGCACAAAUGCUUUUAGCCCCACCUGUUAUUAUAUGACGUUUGUUAAUGGACAGCUGAGGCUGGAGGGAAAGCAGGAGGAGGGAAAGGGGAAGUGUCCUUUUGAUCCCUUCCAGAGAUACUCCUCCCUCAUGGUCGCAGGAAAUGACCUGUAUUCUGCUACAUCCAUCAACUUCUUGGGCUCUGAGCCGGUGGUCCUGCGUAGCUCAGACUUGGCUCUCCGCACCGAGUUUAAGAGCUCCUGGCUCAGUGAGCCAAAUUUUGUCUACAUGGACAUUGUGGGUGAGAGUGUUGACAGUCCUGAUGGUGAUGAUGAUAAGGUGUACAUGUUCUUCAGUGAGAAUGCCAUGGAGUACGACUUCUACAGCAAAGUGACAGUGUCUCGAGUGGCCCGUGUCUGCAAGGGGGAUAUGGGCGGCCAGCGGACACUGCAGAGGAAAUGGACGUCGUUCCUGAAAGCACGUCUGGAUUGUUCCCUCCCUGAACCCAGCCUGCCCCCCAUUGUCCAGGAUGUCUUCCUGCUGAAGGACGAGGACUGGAGGAACAGCGUCUUCUACGCUGUCUUCGCUCCGCAGUCGAGCUCGUCCCAGGUAUCUGCAGUGUGUGCAUACACUGUGUCCUCCAUUCGAGAUAUUUUCAACGAGGGCAAGUUUAAGACACCUGUCGCUGUGGAGACGUCUCACGUCAAGUGGGUGAUGUACACUGGAGAUGUGCCGGUCCCCAGACCCGGAGCGUGCAUCAACAGCGUGGCACGUAAACUGGGGAUGAAUCGCUCUCUGGACCUUCCUGACAAAACCCUCCAGUUCAUCAGGGACCGCCCCCUUAUGGACGAGGCCGUUCGCCCGGUGACAGGAGGGCCGCUGCUGGUCCAGAAGGGAGCUUUGCUGACUCGGAUUGUGGUGGACAGUGUGUUGGCGCUGGACGGACAGAGAUACGCCGUCAUGUUCAUUGGCACCGAAAACGGUUAUGUUCAGAAGGCUGUCAACUACGCAGGAGAGAUGUUCAUCAUUGAGGAAAUUCAGCUGUAUGAAAACCCCGUGCCUGUUAGCAUCCUGCGCCUCUCAUCCAGCAAGGGCCAACUGUAUGCAGGUUCAGAGUCUGGUGCCAUCCAGAUGCCGGUCAGUAACUGCAGCCGCUCUGAUGCUUGUGUGGACUGCAUCCUGGCCAGAGAUCCGUACUGCGCCUGGGACUUCAGCAGCGAGAAAUGCUCCUCAGUCUCCAGCUUAUCAUCCUCCUCCUCAAGUACUGCAAUACAGAGUCUGAAGGAGGGAAACGUCUCACAGUGUCCCCAGCCAGAUCCAGUAGCAGCUGUGGACUUUCCCCUUGUUCCAGAGAACAACAUCCAGCUGCCUUGCCAGCUCCACUCCAACUUGGCACAGGUCCUGUGGCGAUUCUCCGACCAAACGCUUCACUCCAACAACAAAUACUACAUCUACAGCGGGGGCCUCCUCAUCCUGGGCGCCUCUGAAUCGGACGCCGGCUUGUACACGUGUGACUCAGUAGAGCUGAUCAACGGCAGUCCGUACAACCACACCGUGGCAGUUUAUCGAUUACGGCUCUACUCUGGUCCGGGAGUCAGGGGCGGCACUACUCCUGGCAAUGAGGUGACAAAUUCCUCAAACUCUAGUCACGGUGUGACAACAGCUGCACCGGGGGAGGACCCGUUGUCCCCCGAGAACCAAAGCGGCACGGGCAGGGUGACUAGCUUAGAGGUGGCUGUGGCUCUGCUGGCGUUGCUUUGUCUGGCCCUGAUGGGGGUCAUAUUUUGGAUCUGGAGUCAAGGGCGUUUGGGAUGCUUCAAGUUUGCAAAGCGCACCAGUGAAAGCGAGGGGAAACGGCAGUCAGCCGAGUACAUGCACAUCCAGAACAGAACUCCAGAGAUAAAGCUCCUGCGGCCCGAGUCGGGAAGACCUCACGUUGCCAAUAAUAAUCACUCUGCUGUUGACUUCAAAGGGAACGGCGAGCACCACUUCACACCUAUGGCCAACAUUUCAAGCCUGGACGGUCUGGGAUACAUAAAUGAUGAGUCAGAGAUUUGACUCUGCUGCGGUGUAUAGAAUUCAGACAGCGCACUGAUUAUCUUCCUUUAGGUGUGCUGAUAAAAGUUUUCACAUUAUAAAUUCUUUUGACUGAUCUCCUGUUUCUCCUUGCCAAUUUCCUCCACUGUCCAUCAUUUCCGUACGCCGUCGGGCAGCUGUUGUUUCACUGGAGAGACUUUUUAGGAGGUAUUUUCACUCCAGAAAACAGUUGAAAAAAGUAAUUUUUUAAAAUAUAUAUAUGUAUUUUUUGUAUAAUUGUGAAUACACUGUGUAAUAUAUUGUGUACAGGCAAGAGCUUUUUUUCAACAAUUAUUUAUUUGUCGCCAUAAAGAUUUUUAUUUCAGCGAUCGUAAUACGUGUGUGAUGUAAGUCUUGUAAAUAGAGUCAGCAACAAUGAACAAGUAGCAAAACACUUUGACCUCUAAUUUCCAGGCAGAUUUCAUUUUAUGGGUUGUUUAAUCAAGAUAACAUUCAUCAGUCAGAGAGCAGACUGUGUAAAUGAUUGAUCAAUAGACUGUGGAGCUUAUUUCUAGGUUGCUGUUAAAAAAAUGGACUACAGAUAAAGGUUAACCUCGGUAUCUUUCAACCUGGACCCUAUUUUCCCAUGUGUGUGUCUAAUGCUGCAUUCCAUUUGAACUGGGAAGUCGGAGAUUUCGAGUUCCCAGUCGGAUAUCUCAACUGGAACGCCCCCUGAAGUCGGAU